UGUGUCCUUUGGGAGAGCCAUCUAAUGCUUUAGCAUUGGGCAUGACCGGAAGAAGCUUGUAGACUACACGUGGGUCCGGUGCUGUCUGUACAUGAUGUCGGGCCUAUUUAUUAAGAAAAAGUCAGAGGGUUUUGGGAAGAAGCGGCGUGGAGAGGGUAACAAUGCUGACUCCAAAGGCCAGAAGAAGAAAAGGAAAGGAGCCAAUCUGAGAGAGGAGAUUGAAAGUGACUCGGACACUGAAGUUGCCCCAGUUCGUGCCAAACCUAAUGAGGAGGAGGAAGAACUGGAAGAGACUGCUCAGGAGAAGAAAUUGCGUUUAGCUAAAGAAUAUUUACAGCAGUUACAGCAACAAGAGGAGGAGAAGUUGGAGGAUGAAGCUCAGGAUGUAAUCGCUAGCAGACUGCAGGAGGAUGUGCUGGAGCAGCGUGGGAGACUUCAGCGUCCCCUGGCUAAGCAGUUGCUUCCCCCAGAGCCCUCAGAGAUACGCCUGUUCCGUGGUCACAAUGGGCCUAUUACCUGUCUUGUUAUCAGUCCUGAUGAUAAAUGCAUCUUUUCUGGGUCUAAGGACUGUUGCAUCAUUAAAUGGUCUGUGCAGGAUGGCAAAAAGCUUAAAAAAGUUCCAGGAGGCAGAAAGGGGAGUGAAGCUACACACGUAGGGCAUACGGAUCACAUUCUGUGCAUGGCAGUGUCCUCAGAUGGGAAAUACCUGGCAUCUGGGGACAAGCGGAUGCUCAUUUACAUUUGGGAUGCUGAGACGUGUCAGAAUCUACACAAAUUCCAAGGACAUCGCGAUGCUGUGUCUGGGUUGUCCUUUCAGAAAGGGACCCACCAGCUCUUCAGUACAUCACAUGAUCGUUCGGUCAAGGUGUGGAACGUAGCUGAAAACGCCUACAUAGAAACGCUAUUCGGUCACCAAGAUGCCAUCACCGGAUUGGACAGUUUAAGCCGGGAGAGAUGUGUUACAGUAGGGGGCCGAGACAGAACCUUGAGAGUAUGGAAGAUUGCAGAGGAGACACAGCUGGUGUUCAGUGGGCAUGAAGGAUCCAUUGACUGCAUACGGCUAAUUAAUGAGGAGCACAUGGUGACCGGUGCGGACGAUGGGUCUAUUGCGCUAUGGAGCGUGUCCAAAAAGAAACCACUGUCUCAGGUGAAAUGUGCUCAUGGUAACCAUGGAGACAGUGGUCUGGAGCAGCCAUACUGGAUAUCCUCUGUAUCCGCUGUACUAAACAGUGACGUAGUAGCCUCAGGGUCUCACGAUGGCUCCGUCCGGCUUUGGCGCUGUGGGGAAGCUUUCCGAAGCUUGCACCCCCUCUAUACUGUCCCUCUGGUCGGGUUUGUGAACAGUUUGCAGUUUUCCAGCACCGCUGAUUUCCUGGUUGCAGGAGUGGGGCAGGAACAUCGGCUUGGUCGUUGGUGGACGAAAAAAGAAGCAAAAAAUGGGUUGUAUAUAAUUCCCCUAAAGAGACAACAGGAGCAAACUGAUGUGUCAUAAUUAUUCGCCAACCUGGAAUACCUAGACAUUUCUAAUCUACCCCAGAAUCCUCUGUUAAUAUCUUUAUAUAAUAAAUCAUGUUCUUAACUGUU